AGGAAAAAAGGAAACGGGAGAAGAGAGAGGCUACUUCCUGUGCGGGUGAAGAAUGUGUAGGAAUUGUAUUAUUUGAAAACUAUUCAGCUUCGUCGUGCAAAAAGACGCAAUCUUAGAAUUUUUUUUUUUUUUUUAUCUCCGGAUCUCUGGAAUUGUUCCCCGGCCUUCUGGUGUGUUGUGCAGGCAACGACACGCUCCGACCGGAAAGAAAAUACCACCACUGGUUGAUGUGUAGACCAGUCAGACAUGCAUUUAUUCAGACAGAUGACCCUGUGCACGUGAGCAGAUCAGAAAUCGGGCAAUGCGGACCGUCUUGUGGUGUUAAAAUGCCCCGUUCAUAUGUCAGGGAACUGCAGAAUAAUUCAUAACCAGAUGCGUGCAAACAUGGGCUUAUUGCAGUUCCAAGACGUUCUGCAUGGAACUUCCUUUUACUGCCCCUAGCUACUCAUGAAACCCAAAAGCGACAAGAUGAAGCUGAAUGAGCGCAGCGUGGUGCACUACGCCACCUGCAACUCCGCGGCAGACAAGACGGGGCACCUGUACAAGAAGGGGGAGCGCAACACGACCUACCAUCGCCGCUGGUUCGUGUUGAAGGGCAACAUGCUGUUCUACUUUGAGGACAAGGAGAGCAAGGAGCCCAUCGGGGUGAUUGUCCUGGAGGGCUGCACGGUGGAGCUGUGUGAGUCCAUGGAGGAGUACGCCUUCGCCGUCAAGUUCAGCUGCGCCAAGUCGCGCACUUACAAGAUGGCGGCCGAGAGCCAGGCAGCCAUGGAGUCCUGGGUGAAGGCCUUGUCUCGGGCGAGCUUUGAUUACAUGCGGCUGGUGGUCCACGAGCUCGAGAAACAGCUGGAAGAAAUGCAGACCCUGCACGGCCUCUCAGGCACCCCGCGCUCCCACAAGAAGUCAUCAGGACGUGCCAAGUCCAAAUCAAUUUCAGCUGUUGGUCCCGCUGUGGCGACUUCUGCCAAAGGACCACAGGCAACCUACAACUGCUCGCACGAGGAGACUGUCCAUUUCACGCCCACCGAGAAGGAAAAUGGUGUGGCCAGGAACAAGCCCAGCAUUGUGGUCAAUGGAUUGUACCCAACUUAUCAAGGGUCUAAAACCCUCCCGGGGGAGAGUUGUAACAGUGAUGGGACUAAACCCCCUCCUGUACCCCCCCGGAGGAAAACUACCACUGGCAGGGUGACCUCCACCUUGGAAAGCCCUGUUUCACCUGGGACCGUCUGCUUUUCAAAGCUGCACGACUGGUACGGUAAAGAAAUCACUGCCCUGAGGACACAGUGGCAACAAGACCAAUAGAAAUGUGCUUCCUUAAGAAGUGACCAAGAAUCACAUGUGUGGAUGCUGGAUCAUGGAAACUCUUAUUAGACCUAAAACUGAUUUUUUGCUUCUUGGAAAGCUAGCGUCAGGCGGGUGGGAGAGGGUGAACAGUUCUUUUUUUUGUUCCUUUCACACGCUGGAGGUUUAUUUUGGGGGGGGAUGACAAUGCUGACAUUCCAAGUCCUAUUUUAACGCACAUGCAAAGGUACAUUUUCAGAGAGGAACUAAACCGUUAUUAAGGUAUAAUCUUCAGAAGAAAGAGCAGUUGACUUCUUGUUUCAAAGUAGUUUCUUGUUUGUUACGCAAAGUUCUCUAUGAAAACUUGUGAUCUUGUGUAGAUUUCUCAGUUCUUUGAUAUUGCAAAAAUUUUUCUGAUGCAGAUAGGUCAAUCAGUUAUUAAGCAAACCUGAGAAAAAAAGCAAAAUAAACACAUUUGUUUUGCUGUAGCAGAACAGUACCUAAUAGGUGCCCUCUUCAAAAAGUGUGCCACUGCUAAUUAUAGCAACAACAACAUGCAUCAGACAUAAAAAAAGCAAUACAGCCCAUCAAAACAACUUUGCUGCACAUUCGCUUUUAAGUAAAACUUUCUAGUGGUUUGGUUAUUAAAAAGUAUCCCUGUGUUUUAUCAAAGAGUGAGGUAUUUCAGUGCUAUCACAUUGUUGUGUGUGUGUGUGUGUGUGUGUGUGUGUG